AGUGUUUCUUUGGACAAACAGACAGGGUAAUGUACAGAGUGCCAUGAAUGAAUGUGGGGCAGAAGAGAAGUCUGAGAUGAGAAGGAUUAGAGCAAAUUGUAAGGCUGGAAUUCCAAGACCUGAGCAGUAGGAGGGAGGAAAACUGAUGAUGUCAUAAACAGGAUCUUAGGAAUCCGGGAGACAGUAAAGAAAACGCAAACAUGAGGAGACACUGGUGUGUUUCUGGGCCAUUGCAUGGAAUUGCGUGACUGUGUCUUAGGGGUCUGGCAUUGACUGCAGGAUCACCAGAGACCAGGAUCACCACAAUAUCGGAUCAGUCGAUCAACGGUAUUCCAGCUCAAGAGGAUUACGCCAGUAACCAGUAUUGGACGGUUUCAUUACUAGAUCACCAAUGAACUGAGAAGAUUUGAUACCAAACCAUUGGCUAUUGUUCAUCAAACACAAUUAUAUAUGCCCAAGAGGAUAUUAUAUAUUUUUUACUGGACAAAAGUAUAAAGUACCAAAAUUGCAGACUUUGGGAUGUUCCUGAACGCCAUCUUAGUGGUGGUGACGGACCUUGCCGCCAAACUCCUCGGGAACGUUUCAUUCCGACGGCACUUCCACCUGGUUCUCUCAGGCCUGGUUCUGUUCGGCCCGGCCCUGAGUCUCUGGGUCUCGCAGUACAGCAUUUUCGCAAACAAGAGUCACUACCUGUACAGGAAGUUCCUGCGGUCGUGCUGGGGCUGGACCUGCCUCUCGGCGGGCUCCUUCGUCCUCCUCCUCUCCUUCUCCGUGCGGCGCUCCCUCGCCCUCUCUCUCAGGCACCUCUCGCGCCUCCUGGCGGCGACGCUCCUGCGGACGGGGCUCCGCCGGGCGCUGGGCCUCCUGGAGGAGGCCACGGGCAGCUGCCACGAGCCCCUGGGCGGGCGGCCGCCGCUGCUCCUGCUGCGGGAGGGCGAGACCAAGGCCGGCUGCCUGACGGCGGGCCUGCGGUGGCAGGGCUACGAGGUCUCCGAGGACGCCUUCCUGCUCUGCCUGGCCUGCCUGCUGCUGGCCGAGGAGACGGCCGUGUUCGGGCCCUACCUGGCCCUGGGCGGGGCCUGCGGGGCCCCGCUGCGGCUGCUCUUCCUCCUCUGCGCCCUCCUGCUCGGGCUCUGGCUCUUCCUGCUGCUCUGCCUGCUCGCCCACUUCCCGCAGUUCCCCACCCAGCUGCUGGGGGGCGCUCUGGGGUGCCUGGGCUGGAGGGGCCUGUACCACGGCUGGUACCGCCUGGGGCCCAGCUGGUACUGUCCCGGGAGGCCCGGGGCGGGGCUGCUGACCACGGCGGGGAAGAACCGGGACGGAGCACUUAAGCCCCGUCCGCACCCAGAACUGUAA